UUUUCUAAAUAAAAUAAAAGAGGUUAAGAUUGUUGAUGUCUCAUCGUUCGCAUUAUGGAGUUUGUUGCUUUAACUUUCAACGUUUUCAGAUUUCCAAAGGAGAUAAAUAAUUUUGUCAAUUAUAUGCUUGUACUAGCAAGACAAUAAUGCUAAAUUAAUUACCUAAUCCGUAAAGGGGCACGGGAGGAAGAAACCUAAGAGAAAAUUAAUUUAUUCACAUUAACAAAAAUAAUUAGGUACCAAGCCACCAAUAGUAAAAAGGUAAAAAAUAAUUAAAUCAAUUAUAAAUAGUUUGUAUCAUGCUUAACUUUAUAUUAAAAAUUUGGAAUUUGCUACGGUGACAUGCAUGUCACCGUAACAUGCACUUUUCGGUCGACCUAAUAUAGGAUUAGGUCGACCUAAUUUGUUGUUUCAGAGAGUGGAGAGGUAUAGGAACUACAUGAGUUUAGCUUCUAUUUUUUGUAGUUAUGUGGUUUUCGAUUUCAUGAAGAGUGUUUUAUGUGAACAAUUAUGAAGUGUGAAUUAUUAUGUUUCUUGUUAGUGUGUUACGAUGUCAUGUUAAGACGUUAUGGGUCCUUGCUAUCAUGAUAUAAGAGUAAUUCCAAUGACUAUCAAACGUAAUUUGAACGAUCAAACGAACCACCCACAUCGACAUACAUAUGCAAAAAAGUCGAAGGUCAUAAGGCUAAAUUUCCUUAAUUCGGUUGACCUCUUACUAUAUUCGGUCGACCUCAAGACCGACACUCGAUCUUCAUUUCACGUCAAAAAGGGAUGGAUAAAUGGAUAGAGCACUUUACUCUUCUGUCUGGUCGACCAUUUUGGUAAUGACCACAAUCAAGUGGUCGACCUCAUUACCUUUACGGUCGACCAGUUUUCUUCAGACUACAAUGAAAAGGGCGACCCAUGUUUUAUUAUGGUCGACCGGUAAUGUCACAACUUAAUUCAAAACGGUCGACCACUACAUUUAAAAGGUCGACCGUGAUAAGUCAUCAUAUUGCCCACAUUAGUGUAUUCGGUCGACCGAGAUUAGAAAUAGAUCGACCGAAAAGUACAUGUUACGGUGACAUGCAUGUCAUACAGGACACCCUAAAAAAUUAUAAGUGUAUGAGAAAUAUAAAGCUACACUACGCCUUGUUUAGUGGACUACUCGCUCUAACAGACAUUGUUGCGGAAACCUCAUAAAUUCUGUCUUUCGAGUUCUCUGUAUUCUUGUUAUUGAUAUUUGAAUUUUUGACAAAGUUUAGGUGAAAAGCAUGAUGAAAUGGGCGGCUAUGUAACAAUAAAUUCGACCAAUAUUGCUCAACUUGAUCUCUACACGACUCUAAUAAGUCAUCAUUUGGCUUAUCUUAAUGUUUCAUCAACAUCAAAAUAUUUCACACACUUGUUAUCAACUAAAAAGAAAAAAAAAUUAUUCCACAGACUCGACAGGCCGGCAACAAAGAUUGGAAGAUCAGAAACCAAUUUGCUGCCAAAAGAAUGGACGGAGAAAUCAGCUAAUGAUCACAAACCCGUGAUAAAAUGGGCUCACAGAAGCCGUCCAUAAUGAUCAGUAGUAAUAGCGACUAAUAUUAUGGAGUACUUAUCAUUGCCUGCCGCUACUUGUGCACUGCGGCGGAGAGCUGUAAUGGCCGUGGUGAUAGUGGCAGCUGCUGGUUACCUACUACUGGUCGGCGGAAACAGCGUCGACGUUGCUCAGUCCGGCGGCCCGCAGCUAUGCGCUCCCGACGCCCCACCAGAUCCGGCGAAGUACUAUUCUUAUGCGGAGAAGGUGAUGGCCGUUCUGGUGAAGAAAACGCCGACCAGUUCGACGCGCAAGUUCAGGACGUCACGUCCCGAUAAGAGAAUAGGUUCCGUCGCCGGCGCGGCCACGUGUUACACCAACAAGGCCAAGAAAUGCAGGGCUUGUCUCCGGGGUAUUAAGGCCCUGCUGGAGAGUUGCAAGGGUUCCACGACUGCCGGAUACUUUGCCAGUGACUGCAACAUGCAGUUCUGGAGAAUCGACGACUAGUUUCAUGCAUGGACGUUAAGCCCUAAUUUUCACGGUGGAUGUUAGAAAGAAAAAGGAUCUAAUUUCCUGAUGAUGAUAAUAAGUUAAUUAAGAUCUAAGUUACUGUUUUAGUUUUGUUGUAAUAAGUACCUAUUGGGGUUGUCAAAAAAAAAGUACCUAUUUGUAUAGGUAGCCAGUGUUUUAUUUAAACAUAUUCGCUAUUGCUAGUAUAUUUGUAACCUAUGAUGAAAUAGUAUUAUUUUUUAUUAUAUCUCUCUAUAUUUGGUGAUUAAUAACACAAUAGUUGAGAAAGAUAAAUAAAUAAAUAAAACAUUACUCAUGUAUACCCGAAAUCCGAUCAAGGUUUGGGUUCUUAUCCUUCUCCGCAUCAGUUCACAUCCUCAAGGUGGCACAAAAGCUCCAAUUUCCAUCUACCUGAGAUCUAGCUUGCAUCCAAUUUUUCCUAUUUUUUUUACCGGUAAUAAUGUGAAAAGAAGGCCUUGUUCAAGACAAGAAUAGUGGAUUUGAGUUUCUCGACCCUUUGCCUUAUGAUUAGCCAGGGAGAGUUAGGGACAGCCAGAGUUAGGGCUAGUUACGACUAGGGCUGCAAAUGAGCCAAGCCGCUCGCGAGCAACUCGGCGUUCAAAUCGAAAAAAACUCGUUCGACACUCGACUCGUUGUUUAACAAGUCGGCUCGCGAGCCGACUCGUUAGUAAACGAGCCAAGCUUGAGCUAGACCAUGCUCAGUUUGAUAAGCUCGUGAGCUAGCUUGACUAGGUGGCUUGUUGAGUUAAGCUCGCGAGCUGGCUUGUUUAGAGCGCGUCGAAGGAUUAAUUACUCUUUUGAACAUGAAAAUUAUCAUGUUAAUAAGGAUGUGUAUGAAAGUUAGAUGUUAUUUUUAGUUUCUAGUAUUCUUUUUAUCAUUUUUAGUUUCUAAUAUUCUUAUUUGUACACAUUUUUCAGCAAAGAAUGGUUUCAAAUCGAGCUCAUCUUGAGCCGAGCUUGUACCCAGCUUGACAAGCUGUGUUAAUGAGCAUUUAUCGAGCUCGAGCUGGAUUAUUUUUAAUCGAGUCGAGCUCAAACUCUAGCUGGAUGAUCAAAAUUCUAGUUCGAACCAGCUCGAGCUGAAAAAUUUAUAAACGAACCGAACUCAAGCUGAGUAAAAACUCGACUCGACUCAUUUGCAUCCCUAAUUACGACACAGGUCAUGAUCUAGAGUCGUGAAAGGGGUCCACGUUUGAUCCCUCCACAGGUGGCUCUGUUUUCCCGUCACCAUGUCAAGUGGACGUCUUGAUGACCUUGAAUGUAAGUUUUUUUUUACUUAAAAUACAAAUACAUCAAAUACAGAUAACAAAAUGACCAUUUUUUUCUUACGUAACAAUUAAAUCGGACUUGUUUAUAAUGGUGAUGAAAAAAUAAAUCAUACCUGUUACGUGGGACUUCUGGAAACUACAUGAUAAUGUUGAUAGCCUUUACAUAAGGAUUGUGUAAUAUCAUUUUAUUAUAAUUGUUAUGCGUAAGGUAUACCAAUAUUGUAUAAAGGUUACGGAAUGAAAGUUAUUUUUUACU